GAGGACCCUGUAUGCCAUGUCUGCAAGCGCAGCGACAUGGAGAAGGAUAUGCUGCUGUGCGACGAUUGCGACAGAGGAUGGCACAUGCACUGCCUGCGGCCUCCUCUGAAGGAGGUUCCGGAGGGCAACUGGUCUUGUCCCAAGUGCAGAGCC